AUGGCCGAUCGAAAGCUCCGUUCAAGUCGCAAAUCUUCAAGAGAAGAGGACGACGCAGCUUCCUUUGGCUCUCCAUCCUUUGGCUCUCCUUCUGGAAAGGGUAAAAGGCGAGGUGGGGGUGACGACGGUGACUCUGUCGCAUCAUUUACAAGUGGUGGGAGCACUGGUACUGCCUCAACAAGAAAUCAGCUUCCAUAUUGGACCGAAAAGCAGCUAGCCGAAGACAUUGAAGAGGCUGGUGGGCUGUACAACUUUGACAAAGGCAAAACACAAGGUCUUCGCAAAUUGUGCAACCAGAGAACCUACGUGUUGGAGCAGCCAGAUUGUUACGGAGAGCUGGGAUCAGAUCUACGGAGGCGCAUCUCUCAAAAGGUGACAAAGUGGAAGAGUGCUCAGGAAGCAAAGUACUUGGAGCGCUUGAUAGUUUUGAAAGUACAACCUGCAAAGAAUCGCAAGAAACAGAAAGCUUCAGGACGGUCAAAGAAGGAGACGGAGAAGAAGGAGACGCAAAAGAAGGAGACCAAGAAGGAGACCAAGAAGGAGACCAAGAAGGAGACCAAGAAGGAGACCAAGGAGACAGCACCACCCAAGAAAAAGGACACACCUCCGACUACUAUUUCAACACAGGCGGCCGACGACGUUUCAUUGGAUCUUUCCCAAUUUUCUCAGCUGUCGAUAAACGAGGAGGAAACUCAAAAGAAACCCCGAGCUAGAAGCAGCACCCCCAAGUCAAGCAAUCAAGUGCAACAAGCAGAUAGAAUCAUGGCAACAACAAAUCAAGAUCGCGUUGUAGAGAUCGAUCCCUCCUACCCUGGCGAUCAGGGUGACAGAAUCUUUGUGAUAAAUAUGAUGGAAUUUGAAAAAGAAGAGACCCAAUGGAAAGGAGGCAUUCAAUUGGAGCUGCUCGUUGACUCUCGUGACAUUCAGGAAGAACUCUAUGCACUCCAGUACUUUGAAGGUACCAAUGAAGCGGUGCUCACAAAGCCUAUCCUCCCUGCUGGUUUCCGACACGACCAAGCUGAGUAUGAUGCGCGACAGUCCCAAGAUGUGAUCAGGAAGGGUCACAAAGCUUUUCGAACUGCCUUCGAGAAGCUGAGCCAGGAAGAUCGAAAGCAGAAGUUUGUACUUCGUUUUCCAAAUGAUAAGGGAAUAGGACGUAAAGACGCGCACUCGCAAGAGAUCUAUGGUCUCCACUGUCGCAUGACUUGGAAGUUUGUAGACCUUGCCAAAGCUGUUGAUAUGAGGGGGCAAUCGGGCCGUGGGACAAAAGCCACAGAGGAUGCUUUUGCAGCUCUUGUCAAUGAUUUAGGUUCUGUAACGCUAUCUUCUGGGACGUCGACGGCAACAACUACAACCAUAACAACAGCUGCUGCUUCUUCUAGCAGUUUAGCAGCUGCUGCUGCCGGAUUGGGUACGGGUGGUUAUCCGUUGUUGCCUGUGGCUCCGUCGCAACCACUGCUACCACAUGGAUCUGGAUUGGUGGGCCAAGCGAAAGCCGCAGUGAAAGCAGCGGGCUCUAUCUUUGCCAAGAAGAAUACUACCGAUAACGACACGGAGGAUAUGCGAAAAGCUAAAUUCAAACCGACUGUGGAUGGCAGCGGAAGAAAGAACCAACUUUCGGAUCGACAAAAUCGCGCUCGACAAGCAGCAGUUGCAAAAGCAAGGGCGCCCGCGGAUGCUGAUAUGGAUGAGAUGAUUGAUGGCAUUACGCAAGAAUUCAAAGAGGACGUACAGGCACGCCAUGAUGCUCUUGCGAAUGAUCCAUUGACUGCACCACUCCCUGAUGGUUUCGAAGACGAAGAAGAGCUCUCCAAAUACAAUGAUGAUGAAGAGCUCUUCGAUUACGAUGAUCCAAGGCCAAUGUGA